ACUUAUUUCCCUUAAUAAUACAAACUCUGAUUUUAUUUGAUCAAUUUUAUAGAUUUUUAUUAAAUGUUCUAUAAUUAUUAACGGAAAAUUCACAAAGACAAAUAUAUUAUGUAGCUUCGAUCCACUUUGAAAUCCAUACUUUUGAUAAAGCAAGAAUAAACCAAUAAGCGCGCAGUAAACACAAGAGAGGGAAGUUACGAGCCAAAGUUAUGUAAACAAGUAGUGUCACGUUGUGGGAACAAAACUGAAUGUGUAUGCUUUUUUCCCUUAGGAAUUAUUGUGCAUUUCAACUAAAGUUUUAUGUCAGAACAAGGCACAUACAUUUAGCAUCAAUCAUGUCUGGCAAAGAAAACACGAGGAAACGUAAAGGAAAUGAGGAAGGACCUGUCAGCAAAAAAAUGAAAAUAAAAGUGGAAGAUGACGCAGAGGCUGGACCGAGUUCUCAAAACUCAGCUGGUGUGAAGUUUACUGAUACAUCCAAGGACUUCCUAGAACUGAUAAACCAUGCACGUGAAGCCAAGGCGCAGUCUGUGUCUGCUUUCAAGUUUAACAAGAAGAGGGUCCGGGUGUUGUCCACAGCCAAAGAGUUCCAAGAGGAGUGUGACGGAGUUAUUUACUGGAUGUCACGUGAUCAAAGAGUUCAAGAUAACUGGGCCAUGCUGUACGCCCAGAGACUGGCCCUGAAGAUGGAGGUGCCUCUCCAUGUGGUGUUCUGCCUUGUUCCCAAGUUUCUGGAGGCCACUAUAAGACAAUAUGGCUUCAUGUUAAAGGGACUGCAAGAAGUGGAACAGGAGUGUGGUAGACUUGGCAUCAUGUUCCACUUGCUAACUGGUUAUGCCAAGGAAGUCCUGCCAGAUUUUGUGAAAUGUAACAAUAUUGGAGGCGUGGUGACAGACUUUUCUCCCCUUAGAGUUCCAAAGCAAUGGGUGAAGGACGUGACUGAGAACUUGCCUAAAAAUAUCCCUCUCUGUCAGGUGGAUGCCCAUAACAUCGUGCCCUGUUGGGAAGCCUCUGAUAAGAGAGAGUAUGGUGCCAGAACAAUCAGAAAUAAAAUACAGAGUAAACUUCCAGAGUACCUCACAGAGUUUCCUCCUGUCAUACGCCACCCUUAUGCUGCCAAGACCAAGGCUGAGCCAGUUGACUGGUCGGCUGCCGAGGCAUCGCUACAGAUUGACCGGACAGUGACGGAGGUCAAGUGGGCAUCACCCGGAGCCACAGCAGGGCUGAGAACGCUGGAGACAUUCUGCAAGGAGCGCCUGAAGUUCUUCAACGCGGACAGAAACAACCCCAAUAAAAACGCCUGCAGUAAUCUCUCCCCCUGGAUUCACUUUGGUACGCAGGUGUUACAGGUUUCUUGUAUGUUCAUUGUUCAAAUGUAG